UUCUAGCUGGUGGCAUGUGCGUCGCAAGUCUCGUAUUCUUCGAAAGAAGUCCCAAAACCCAAGUAGGUUAUGGUGAAACCACAUCAGGUCAUCAACGUACUACUCGUUCUUUUAGUUUCUUUGGCACCGUUAGACCGGUUAGACAGACAUUGCGAUUCGUGAACAACGUGGAUCGUAUGGGGACCCAUGACGAACGGUAAACUGCUUAUGGGUUUACCAAUAGCUAUUGAUUACUGGAAAUUGCCUCGAAGUGAUAGUAAAUUCAAGACGUUCCUGUACUUCCUUACACAUCUGCAUACUGAUCAUACACAAGGCUUAACAAGUACUUGGACAGAAACUAUUUAUACAUCAAGCGUGAAUCGUGAUCUUGCUAUGUCAAUGCUAAAUGUAAAACCUGAACUGAUAAAACCCCUAGAGAUUGGUGUUAGUUACACCAUGACUUUACCAGCAGAACAUGGUACAAAUAAUGAAACUGCAAGCAAAUGCAUGUCUGUUACCCUCAUAGAUGCUAACCACAUCAAAGGAUCUGUGAUGUACUUGUUUGAAGGAAGUUUCGGCCGUGUUUUGUACACAGGAGACUUUCGAUGGUGUGAAGCGAUGAUGUCUGACCCUGUAUUAAAAGAUUUAUCAGAAAGCAAAGGCUUGAACCUACUAUACGUGGACAAUACGUUUGAAUUUAUCGGAAAUGAGUUCCCUACGAGGGAGAACUGCAUGAACCAGGUGCUACAGAUAUUGAGAAAUCAUCCAUACCAUAGAAUUAUAUUCGGAUGCCAAACCAUCGGCAAGGAAGAUGUUUUGUUACGGGCUGCGUUAGAGCGCAAGGAGAAGGUUUAUGUUCCAGAAACAAUACUUUCUAUCUAUCGUAUACUGAAAAUGCCUUGCGAUCAUUUCACAACGGAGCAAGCAGAUUGUGCACUUUGGUUUGAAAAAAUGCAUCAGAUUUCUCAAUUUAAUCUGAAGAAAAAGAAUGCCGACAUACCAACAAUUGCGAUCAAGUUGACUGCGUCAGGAUUACUUUACAAAUCACAGAACUUCAAGGACGAUGAACUCAUUUUUACUGUACCUUACAGUAAUCAUAGUUCAGCAUCAGAAUUGGCAAAAUUUCUUGAUUUUCUUCAGCCAACUACAGUGGAGCGUAUCAUUUCAACCCAUGGCAAUAACUCAGGAGGUUCGUCUGUCAUCGAUAGCUAUGUGAGCAAGAUGAAAGGAGCCGAAAUGACGGAUGACGCCUCAUCCGAUUCAACGGAAAGCAGUUUUUUCACUGGCCCAGCUUUUAAAAGCCAAGUUCCCGAUUACUUUUGCUCAGCAGUCAGCCGAAUUCAUUCACCGGAUGCCAUUGCAGUUAUGGAAACGGAAAACACAGCAUUGAGCGAAGAUAUGGAUGUGGAAGCGCCUCUUGGGAAAUUUGGGCGUUUUUCUAUCCUUAAUGCUAUAGAAAAGCCGCUAAUGGCUUCGAAACCGGAAAAUCUGAACGUCGUCACGGAGGAGGCGAAUGAACUAAUUGCUUCUAUAGUCUCAGAUUUAGAUCGGUUUCAUGAAGAUGGUAAUGAAGACUACAUUUACUCGGAUGCAUUUAUCGAGAAACUGAUGGCCCUAAACAUGAUUUACCAGCCGCUUACAGGCAUCACAUGCUCAGUUGAUGUAUCAAAAAAAGAUACCCUUAUCUGAUUCAAGCCUGAUACCUUGCAUUUUCAACCCUUAAAGGAAUAAUUAAUAAAUUAUUAACAAUCA